AAAAAACCCAAAAAAGUCUAGAAAGUCCUAUUUAGUGUUCACUUUCAUCAUCAUCGUAUCCUCCGUCCAAAUCAACCCACUUUAACUUCUUCCUCCACCGCCGCCACCACAACUACCACCGCCAUGGCCACCGCAACCGCUUCACUCUCCUUCACCAGACUCCUCUCUUCCGCCACCAAACCCCACCGCUCCUUCACCCACCACCACCGCUCCCUCUCCUUCAAACCCCUCAAAUUCUCCACCAAAAUCUCCGCCACCAUCUCCGUCGGCGACAAACUCCCUGACGCCACCUUAUCCUACUUCGACUCCUCCGACGAACUCCAAACCACCACCAUCUCCGACCUCACCAAAUCCAAAAAAACCAUCUUAUUCGCCGUCCCGGGCGCCUUCACACCCACCUGCUCCCAAAAACACCUUCCGGGAUUCGUGGAAAAAUCCGGCGAGUUAAAAUCAAAGGGUGUGGAUACAAUCGCGUGUGUUUCGGUUAACGAUGCGUUUGUGAUGAAGGCUUGGAAGGCUGAUUUGGGAAUUGGGGAUGAAGUGUUGCUACUGUCUGAUGGGAAUGGGGAGUUUACUCGAGCCAUUGGGUGUGAACUGGAUUUGAGUGAUAAACCGGUUGGGUUAGGGGUGAGGUCCAGGAGGUAUGCUAUGCUUGUUGAAGAUGGGGUUGUUAAGGUGUUGAAUCUUGAAGAAGGUGGGGCUUUUACUUCUAGUGGUGCUGAGGAUAUGCUUAAAGCUGUUUGAUUGAGGUUUGUUUUGUAAGUGGUUGUUGCUUACGUGCUUGUUUUUUUUAGGUUAAUAAUGUGAGUUGUGAUGUUGGAUGCUUGGUUUAGGAUGUUUGGAUUGAGAAAUAAAACAAAGAUUCAUGUGAUUGUUCGUUAAUGAACAUGAAUGUAUGAAGUAUGCUGACUGAGAGUUUAAAACAUUCUACUAUUCUAGCUUAUAUGUUAAGAUUUACGGUUGGUUGAUCUA